AUGUUUUACGCACAUUUUGUUCUGAGCAAGAGAGGGCCGCUAGCCAAAAUCUGGCUGGCGGCCCACUGGGACAAGAAACUGACUAAAGCCCAUGUGUUUGAGUGCAACCUGGAGAGCAGUGUGGAGAGCAUCAUCUCACCAAAGGUAAAAAUGGCUUUGCGUACUUCCGGGCAUCUCCUUUUGGGUGUUGUCAGAAUCUACCACAGGAAGGCAAAGUACCUCCUCGCUGACUGUAAUGAAGCUUUCAUCAAAAUAAAGAUGGCCUUUCGGCCUGGGGUGGUGGAUUUGCCGGAGGAAAACAGAGAAGCCGCAUACAAUGCAAUCACUCUGCCAGAAGAAUUUCAUGAUUUUGAUCAACCAUUGCCAGACCUAGAUGAUAUUGAUGUAGCCCAGCAGUUCAGCCUCAACCAGAGUAGAGUGGAGGAGAUCACUAUGAGAGAAGAGGUUGGAAACAUCAAUAUCUUGCAAGACAAUGAUUUUGGUGACUUCGGUAUGGAUGACCGAGAGAUGAUGCGUGAAGGCAGUGCUUUUGAAGAUGACAUGUUGGUCAGUACCAGCGCCUCCAAUCUCUUACUGGAGCCAGAACAGAACGCCAGCCAGCUGAACGAGAAGAGCAACCACUUGGAAUAUGAUGACCAGUACAAAGAUGACAACUUUGGGGAUGGAAAUGAUGGAGGAAUAUUGGAUGACAAGCUUAUAAGUGAUGGUGGAGGGGGUAUCUUUGAUGACCCACCCACACUCCCAGAAGAAGGUGUCACAAUGCCUGUACAGCCCGCACAUGACGAUCUGGAUGACGAUGAUAAUGUGUCACUUGGUGGGGCAGACAGUCCUGAUUCUGUGGAUCCUGUGGAGCCUUUGCCAACUAUGACUGAUCAGACUACCUUGGUCCCAAAUGAGGAGGAAGCUUUUGCUCUGGAGCCAAUUGAUAUUACAGUCAAAGAAACUAAAGCCAAGAGGAAGAGAAAGCUGAUCGUGGACAGUGUGAAGGAGUUGGACAGCAAAACCAUUCGUGCUCAGCUGAGUGACUACUCUGACAUUGUGACAACCCUGGACCUGGCACCUCCGACUAAGAAACUAAUGAUGUGGAAAGAGACAGGAGGGGUGGAAAAACUGUUCUCCCUUCCUGCUCAGCCUUUGUGGAAUCCUAGGCUCCUGAAGCUGUUUACACGUUGCCUCACACCUCUGGUACCCGAUGAGCUCAGAAAGAGGAGAAAGGGUGGAGAAGCGGAUAAUUUGGAUGAGUUCCUAAAGGAAUUUGAGAAUCCAGACGUUCCAAGAGAAGAGCUGAGACAACAGGAUGUUAUUGACCAACCUAUAUUGGAAGAAGCCAGUAGAUUGCAGGAGUCCAUGAUGGAGGGAAGCAGAACUCAGUUGGAUGAAACCGUAAUGCCACCACCUCCUCAGCCGCAAGGUGUGAAGCGUGACUCUCAACAGAUGGAACCAGAGCCAUUGAUUCCUCAAGAACCAGAGCCUCAAAUAGAGAUGCCACCAGUGGAACUUCCACCAGAAGAACCUCAAAGCCUCAGUGAGCUAAUCCCAGAGCUCAAUCUUAUACCAGAGAAGGAUAAAGAAAAGGAUAAAGAUGAGGAAGAGGAGGAGGAGGAGGAAGAUGCCACGGGGACUGAGCAGGACCAGGAAGAGAGAAGGUGGAACAAGAGGACUCAACAGAUGCUGCAUGGUCUUCAGAGAGUCUUGGCCAGAACGGGCGCUGAAUCCAUUAGUUUGCUUGAAUUGUGCCGAAAUACAAACCGCAAGCAAGCUGCAGCAAAAUUCUACAGUUUCCUCGUCCUUAAAAAGCAACAGGCGAUUGAGCUGACCCAAGCGGAACCAUACAGUGAUAUCAUCGCCACACCAGGCCCAAGAUUUCAUGUGGUCUGA